GAGCCCUCGGUGUGUGUGUGACCUCUCGGGGCACGGGAAGCAGUCGCUCCGCUCCUCACGCUGCUCGGUGCUCGGUGCUGCUACAGUCCGGCUAACUCUCUGUAGAUCAUGGCUGCUUCUAAGCCAGUCGAGCCGCAGUCCGGGACUGGACUCCCCCGCUGGCAGCUGGCACUGUUAGUCGGGGCUCCCAUAGUGCUGGGAGUGGGGGCGGUUUAUCUGUGGAACCGGAGCAGGACGAAGGAGAGGAAAGGCACCGGGGAGCGGAAGACACCAGAAGGCAGCGCCAGCCCGGUGCAGGGCCAAGACGGCGCAGUGCGAGCCAACCGGGAGCAGGAGAACAUGAGCCCUUUGGAUCGGGCCCAAGCAGCAAAGAACAAGGGCAACAAGUACUUCAAGGCUGGCAAGUACGAGAAUGCCAUCCAGUGCUACACAGAGGCCAUUGGUCUCUGCCCCACAGAGCAGAAGACUGAUUUAUCGACGUUUUACCAGAACAGAGCAGCAGCCUAUGAACAGCAGAUGAAGUGGACAGAAGUGGUCCAGGACUGCUCUCAGGCCGUGGAGAUGAAUCCACGGUAUGUCAAGGCUCUGUUCAGGAGGGCUAAAGCUCUGGAAAAACUAGACAACAAGAAGGAGUGCCUAGAGGAUGUCACAGCGGUGUGUAUUCUCGAGGCCUUCCAGAACCAACAGAGCAUGCUGCUAGCAGACAAAGUGCUGAAACAGCUGGGGAAAGAGAAGGCCAAAGACAAAUACAAGAACCGCGAGCCGAUGAUGCCCUCUCCUCAGUUCAUCAAAUCCUACUUUAGCUCGUUCACGGAUGACAUCAUCUCGCAGCCUCUGCAGAAAGGAGAAAAGAAAGACGAAGACAAGGACAAGGAGGGCGAGGCAGCUGAGGUGACUGGCAGCUCUGGCUACCUGAAAGCAAAACAGUACAUGGAGGAGGAGAACUAUGACAAAAUCAUCAGUGAAUGCACCAAGGAGAUCGAGUCAGGUGGUCGAUACACUGCCGAGGCGCUCCUGCUGCGUGCCACUUUCUACCUGCUGAUUGGUAACGCUACUGCCGCUCAGCCUGACUUGGACCGGGUAAUCAACAUGCACGACGCCAAUGUGAAGCUACGAGCCAACGCUCUGAUCAAGCGAGGAAGCAUGUACAUGCAGCAGCAGCAGCCUAUGCUCUCCACACAAGACUUCAACAUGGCAGCCGAGAUCGACACGCGCAACCCUGAUGUUUAUCACCACAGGGGUCAGCUGAAAAUCCUGCUGGACCAGGUGGACGAGGCGGUGGUAGACUUUGAUGAGUGUAUCCUGCUCAGGCCCGACUCUGCUCUCGCCCAGGCACAGAAAUGCUUUGCUCUUUACAGACAAGCAUAUACUGGAAACAACCCAUCACAAGUACAGAUAGCCAUGGAUGGCUUUGAGGACGUGAUCAGAAGGUUCCCCAAGUGUGCAGAGGGCUACGCUCUUUAUGCUCAGGCUUUGACUGAUCAGCAGCAGUUUGGGAAAGCAGACGAGAUGUACGACAAGUGUAUUGAACUGGAACCAGACAAUGCAACUACAUAUGUCCACAAGGGUUUGUUACAGCUUCAAUGGAAACAAGACCUUGACCUGGGUCUAGAGCUCAUCAGUAAGGCCAUCGAAAUUGAUAACAAAUGUGACUUUGCCUAUGAAACUAUGGGAACCAUUGAAGUCCAAAGGGGCAAUCUGGACAAGGCGAUAGACAUGUUCAACAAGGCGAUAAACCUAGCCAAGUCAGAGAUGGAGAUGGCCCACUUGUACUCGUUAUGUGAUGCAGCGUACGCCCAGACAGAAGUGGCAAGGAAGUACGGGCUGAAACCUCCGACACUGUAACUCCCCCGCCAAGUGAUCGCCAAUCUCGUCUUCGCUCAACCCAACUGUGUUAAAAGUGCAACUGUUUGACUUAACUUUGAUUUGUAACAGAAAAUAUUACUGGAUUAUAUGAGAGAGGAGUGGGGGGGAAAAGGAAGAGGCCUGAAUAUAGACCGUGUUUACAUCAUAUGAAAGGGGUUUGUUAUCACGGAAAAUGGGAUUUCUAGUCACUAUCAUGCCGGACUGUGAUCCGGGUCUCUGGCUGACCUGUAGAGGUCAUCAGGGUGGGAAAUUGGGUGGGAUCGGGGGAGGAAAGGGGAGGUUCUCGCACUUAAAUCAACCAGAACAUCAUCAAACUCUUUUAUUGCUCAGAAUAUAGAGAAGGAUUGUGUCGUCCAGAAAGAAAGAGAAAAAAAAACAUACAUGAAUUGUCAUGUAUACCUGUCUAAAUCAACUAUAACUAUGUUAAAAUGUAAGAGAGUCGAAGCGUGCGCAGUCUGUCGAACCAAUUACUGACUUUAAAUCUACAGAAAAUACUGUGAGAGCUUUAUGUAGUUCUAAUGGACUGUUCACCUUGUUAAUUUAUGCUGAUCUAAAGUGGUUUUGUCCAGCUCCUUUCGUAUUGUAACAUACAUUAUCACUUCUGAAUGCAAAUUCAAAAUUGUAGUCCAAUGUGUUAACGCCUGUGUUAUGUGAUGCUGGAAUUGAAUUGAUCUCACGGACACGGCGUGUCGACAGAGAGCUUAUGUUAGCAUCCUAAAGUGUUUUUUGUUUUGUUUUGUUUUUGUUUUUUUAAUUGCGGGAUUGCCUGUCUGUGUUCUUUCUUUCUUUCUUCUUUUUCUUUUUUACAUACUUUGUGCAGCAUGUUCACUUUAUAAGUAAAUGUAAAUGCAAUGCUCGUGCUGUCUUGAACACUAGGAAGACCCCGACUACAAGAGACUUUGGGCAAAACACUUUUGAUUAGAAAAACUUAACCAACUUAAUGUCUUUUAGUUGUUGUUUUUUUUGUUGGAAAUAUUAUGUCUUUUUUUGAAUUGCCUCUACUGUCAGAAGAUGUCACAAAGGAUUGAAUAUUCAGUGUUUUUUUUUUCCUAGCUCACUUUAAGUGAUUUAUUUUCUAUUGUAAAAUGGUUAUUUUUCAUGCUACGUUUGAAUCAAGAGUAACCUUAAGACUGGUUUAUUUUUUUUCUCUCUUCAAAUUAUAUUCUCACAAACCCGAGCCUUAUUGUUUCCAACCAGCAUGCAGCACUGAGAAUCUCCUGGUACAGUGUAUGAUUUGAUAAGAAAUAAAAAUUAGUCACCACUGUUGAAUGUUUGGAACAUUUUGAAUCUUUGGUGAUGCCGAGGAAACAAAAUCACGCGCUCCAAGCUGCAGCUGGUGAAGGAUGACUUCUCUACAAAAAUCAUCGUUCUGAAAAUACAGAAUUAAAGAGUUAUUCGAGAAAUUGAUGUUACCGUCAGCAGAAACUUUGGCUGUUUUACAUUGACAUUCUUUAUCGACAUGUAUGGUGACCAAAGUGAAAGAAUAUGAAUCAUAAUAAAAUUAUAAUUCCUGAAAUGAA